CCAAGGCAACCAAGUCUUCUGAGGUCUAUCGCAUCUCGUCUUGCGCUCGUCGUCAAGUCGGGGAAGUACACCCUUGGUUACAAGUCUGCCCUCAAGCAGAUGCGCAGUGGCAAAGCCAAGCUCACGACCGUGCACCACUUCUCUGGCACGAACGUCGCACUUGGCACUGCCGCCGGAAAGCUUUUCCGUGUUGGGGUCAUGACUGUCACCGAUCCUGGAGACUCCGAUCUCCUCACCUUCGCAGAGGGAAACGCUGCAUAAAACUAAAUUGCGAUGAGAGCAGGAAGUAUAGGUUCACGCGCUCUACCAUAGCCAUAUUUCGUGCAAUCAGCGUGCUAGUAAUUAUGUUCGCUACCUGUCGUUAUGAUUAAUGCAAUGUAAGGAUGCCGCAACAUGUUCGCUGAAUAUAUCGUGU